CCAACCACGGUGCACCGCCAUGACGACAGUGGCAAACGUUCAGUUCGAGCAUUAUCACGAACCCAACACCUUGGGAGUGGACGAGACCGAGCCGCGCCUGUCGUGGAAGCUGAUCAAUGCUCCCAGCGGUUUCCGUCAGCAAGGAUACGAGGUCGAGCUAUCGGUGCAACACGUGUGGGCUCGGUACACUGACUUGUCUAUCGUCAAGCACAAGUCCACGCUCAGCACCCUCGUCCCGUGGCCGUUCGACGAGCCGCUACAGUCCCGCCAGAGGAUAUCAGUGCGGGUGAGGGUGUGGGAUGAACAUGACGUCCUCACGGAUUGGAGUGAGCCCGCUCGUCUCGAGGUCGGCUUGCUCAACCGCACCGUCGACUGGACCGCGCAGCGCAUCACCGCCCCGUGGGCACCGUCCACAUCAUGCUCGGAGCCCGAGCAACUCUUCAGAAAGACAUUCAUGGUGGAGGAACCGAUCGACAAAGCGCGUCUCUACAUCACGACACAAGGAGUCUACGAAGCUGAGAUCAACGGUUCCCGCAUCGGGGAUGCCUUCCUUCCACCCGGCUGGACGGCUUACGAUGGCCGACUUCAGUACCAGACCUACGACGUCACCGGUGCCUUGUCUCAUGGCACUAACUGUCUGGGAGUUCGGGUUGCCGAAGGAUGGUUCUGCGGACGGAUAGGCUUCGAAGGUGGCCAUCGAAACAUUUGGGGCCCUUAUCCAGCACUGAUGGCGCAGCUCGAAAUCACCUACUCGGAUGGCCGAAUCCAGACGGUAUGCACGGAUGACUCUUGGACUGUGAUUAAGGGUCCCAUCCGGAUGGCCGAGAUCUACGACGGCGAGAAAUAUGACGCCACGAUGGAAGUGCCGCUGUGGUCAUGUGCAGCGAGCGGGUUUCAAGCCGGUUGGGGGUCUGUCCUUGUCCUGCCGCCACUCCCCGACGCUGUCCGACUGACGGCCGGCUUUGGCGAGCCCGUCCGGCGUAUCGAAACCCUUCAACCGGUCCAGAAAAUACUCUCCCCUUCGGGCAGAACCAUCGUGGAUUUUGGGCAGAACCUGGUAGGCUACGUCCGGGUCAAGGGGAUUAGUGGCGCCCGCCAGAGCAAGAUCACAUUGUCUCACGCCGAGGUCCUGGAGAACGGCGAACUGGGAACCCGUCCACUACGGCUCUGUAAGGCUACAGACGAGUACACGCUCAAGGGUGCGCCGGAAGGUGAAGACUACGAACCACGGUUCACCUUCCACGGAUUUCGGUACGUUCAGGUGGAUGGCUGGCCCGGCACCUUGGAUUUGGCGUCGAUCGAGGCCGUAGUGUGCCACAGCGACAUGAAGAGCGCUGGCGACUUUGCGUGUUCGGAGCAAUUGCUGAACAAGCUGUAUCACAACGUUUGCUGGGGCAUGAGAGGGAACUUCUUCUCGGUCCCGACCGACUGCCCUCAGCGCGAUGAGAGACUAGGAUGGACCGGCGAUCUCGCCCUUUUUGCACCCACGGCUGUGUUGAUAUACGACUGCUUCAACCUGCUCAAGAACUGGCUCAUCGACGUCGAGCACGACCAACGCGUCCUUGGCGGAGUGCCGCCCAUGGUGAGCCCCAACGCCACGCUUCCCGAUCCCGUAUGGUGUCGGAAAGUCCCAUGCGCAAUAUGGCACGACGUCACGGUCUUGGCCCCUUGGGCCCUGUAUCAAGAGACUGGCGACUUGAGCAUCCUUGCUCAGCAGUACAAUAGCAUGCUGGAGUGGAUGAGGGUGCUGCCGCGGAACAAGUCGGGUCUAACACACCUUUGGGAUACCACUGUAUUCCAGUUGGGGGACUGGCUCGAUCCUGCAGCACCACCAGACCAGCCCUGGAAGUCUGCCACGGACGCGAAGAUGGUGGCCAACAUGUUCCUCAUCCAGAGCCUGGAUGUCAUGGCCAAGAUAUCAAACCUCCUCGGCCGCGCACCGGAACACAAACGCUUCACGCUCGAAGCAGCCGCCGCCCGCGCCGAGUUCCACCAGGAAUACGUAACACCCAACGGCCGCAUCGUCUCCGACACACAAGCCGCUUACGCGCUAGCCAUCUGCUUAGACAUUUUGCACCCCUCCCAAAUCCCCCGCGCCGGCGCCCGCCUGGCCGAGCUCGUUCGCAAAAACAACUUUCGCAUCGGCACCGGCUUCGCGGGCACCCCCUUCCUGUGCGAGGCGCUGGCGGCGACGGGCCACCUGCAGGUAGCCUUUGCCGCGCUGCUCGAAACGGGCUGCCCGUCGUGGCUGUACCCCGUCACCAUGGGCGCCACAACCGUGUGGGAGCGUUGGGACAGCAUGCUACCCGACGGGAGCAUCAACCCGGGCGAGAUGACGUCGUUUAACCACUAUGCCUUUGGUGCUGUCGCGAAGUUUCUGUAUGAGCGCGUUGCGGGCCUGCGGAGGCUGAAUCCUGGCUGGACGCGGUGCCACGUUGAGCCUGCUGUUGGAGCGAGGUUCACCAGUGCGUCCGCUUCGCAUGAGACGCCGAGGGGAACUGUGUCGUGCCGGUGGAGCACGAGAUCUGUCGUCGGUGGUAGUGAGGGGGUCGAAGAAAUGCUGCUGAGUGUGCGUGUGCCGUAUGGCACGACAGUCGAGGUGGUGCUGCCCACGAUGGAUCAUGUUGAGAGACGGGAGGUGGUUGAGCAUGGGACUUGGUCGUUCCAAACGACGUUUACGAGGGACUAUGAGUGGCCGGUGCUGCCCCUGAAGCCCAAGUCAUGAGCGGUAGUGUAGACCAGGGGUUUUUCUUGGAACAUCAGUGUUAAAAUGGGCAGUGGUGCGAACUGAUUACGAGCAAAGACAAAUCUUGAUCUUUUUGAUGGGG